AUGGGGUACAUCAUGGGUUCGCAUUCGCCCACGCGCAGGAGUAGGGAGGAGAAGGAGCAGAGGAAAUCCGCAGCCAAGGCUAAGAUUCGCGCGAUAGGCAUGGUCCAGGCCGCGUUCAGGAGGGCGCAGCAGAGGCAAGGGGCUGCAUCUCCCGAGGCCGUCAACAACGGCGAGGAGGAGCCUCGGUUGACGUGGAGGGAGCGAAUGGCCGAGCGCGCGAAGGAGCGCGAGGGUUUGGCCACCGCUCGUGGUUUCGACGAGACGGCGAGGUCCUCCCGAUCCUUUCGCGACCCGCCGAGCGAGCCGUCGUCGAAGCAGUGGCACGCCAGAAAGCUCGAGGAGCGAGCGAAGGUGGAGAGGCGGAGGAAGGAGGAGGCGCGCGCCCGGACCCGACGCGACACGGACAGGCGCGCCAGGACCUCAGACCCGUUCGAGGCGGAGCUUGACCGCAUGAGCGACGCGGAGGCCAUGAGCAGGCUCGACGACAUACCCAUCUCGGACCUCGACACGGAUCGCGACUCGGACGACGACGGGGCGCGGUCGCGACGAACGGGCGCAGCAGCCGCGACGGAUGAAGAAUCCGACCCCGACGACGGGCUCGCGCCGAUGGAACGGGCGAUGGCGCGGGCGGCGCGGGCGAGGGCCGCGACCCGCGGAGGCGAUGCAUCGUCCGGCGGAGAGGCGGAGGCGCGGGUAGCCUCGAACGUGGCGGCGCCCCUCGCGCCGCGACGUCAUCCGCCGCCGCCGCGAACGCAAACGGCGCCCGUCCCCGAGAGGGACCCGGUCCCCGAGAGACGCGGAGGAGGCGACGUGGAGGAGAGGGCGUUCGCCGCGGAGGAGAGGGCGCGCCGCGCGGAGGCAGAGCUCGCGGAUGCGAGGAGGAGGAUAAUGGAGUUGGAGCGGCGGGUGACGACGGCGGAGAGGCGAGCGGAGGUUGCGGAGAGACGAUCCGCUGCGGGAACCGGGUCCGGGUCCGGGGUUGUGUCGGUGGGCGCGCCCGCCGAGCCCGGGCUGCCCCAGGGCCCGUCGUGGCUCGCACCGUCACCGGCGGAUGUGUUAGAACGACGUCCGGACGGACGACCGAGGGAGGGAACGAGGAUAGAGGUGAGGGAGGAGCGGGAGGAGGAAGCGAGGGUGGCCAUGCGGGAGGAGAAAGCGGAGGCGACGCGAAGGUUCGACCCGCCGGCGUUGGAGCCGAGCGCCCGCGCCGACAUCGGUCGCCUCGACCUGAGCGCCGUGCGUUCCGACGUGGAUGACGACGCGCCGCCGUCGCGCGUGUCGUCGCGCGGUGACGUUUCCGCGCGUGCUCUGGGCGGCGGUGACGGCGCGGCGGUGGGCGCAACCGGGGACGGCUCGAUGCGGCACGAGGUGUCCCGACUCAAGAAGAGCGCCAAGCAAUCGCUGGAUAAGGAACGCGCCAUGGUGGAUCAGCUCAACGCGCUGCGCCGUGCGAGGGACGCCAGCGAAUCGCGCGUGAGGGAUCUCGCCAAGGAGCUGCAAGAGGCUCAGAUGGACAAGCAGGCGUGGGGACGCGAGGAGGAUGCGUUGUCGCGGCGGGUCAACACGGCCAGGGGUGGCGGCGGAUAUGACGACGGGGGAUACGCCCCGAGACAGGAGCCGUCCACGCCAAGGUUCGCGCCGGCCGCGGCGCCGCAACGCAUGGCCGCCACCCCCGUGGUCGCCCGGGUCAGGGGCGGCGAUAUCACGUCGGGAUCCGAGUCCGACGGUGGACUCACCGACGCGUCCGUGUCGUCUGCGCGAAAGCACGGUGAGCACCCCAUCUUCCAGAAAAUUCGUCACGGGCGCGUCAACGAGGCGGCGGCGAUGUUAUCGGGCGACGGAGGCGGCGCGGGCGUGGAUCCGGACGUGAGGGAUCGAUUUGGAAAUACUCCUCUCAUCGUCGCCGCACAGAACAAUCGAAAGAGGAUAUCGAAGAUGUGCGUCAAGGCGGGAGUUCCAUUGAGCGCCGUGAACAACAUGGGCAACUCGGCGCUGCACUACUGCUAUUCGUACGGGUAUUUCGAGCUCGGCGAGUAUCUGGUCAGCAAGGGUGCGGACCCUAGGGUGAGAAACGCGGAGGGAAAGACGCCCAGGGAUACUCUCCAGCCCGAGCAGCUGAGGGCGCUCGCGCAGGUCCAGCACGAGGUGCAGGAAAAACUCGCGAGGCGGGGUUCAUCUCGCGGCAGAUCUGGGGGCAGCGACAUUCGAGGUGAGCGACGUGGAGGGAGGGUUAGACUCGUAUAG